AUGUGCAGAAUAUCACUGGCCAGAGUUUCACAACUUGUUAAAAAAGAGUAGCAAUGAAAAACUGACUCCAGCCGAUAGGUAACAACCUGUUUUGGACAAACCACAUCUCUUAGAUCGGCUGCUUUCUGAAAGAACAGAUCGUUUUGUUAAGGAUUGGUUGAAGGAUUCAUUGCAGGCUUCCUGGCAUUGGUAUAGGUACGAAUAUGGAGUCCAAAGGGGUUCUAUCCAUUGUCAUGGAGUUGCUAAGUUGAAAAAUGACCCAGGAUUAUGUUCCCUCACAGAGAAGGCCCUUAAGGGAUACUUGGCUUCAAAAUAUAGAUAUGGAAAAACAAAAUAUGCUGUCUAA